AUGGUGCCGCUGGUGUUCAUAUUGUUGGCGGUGGCCUCCGGGCCCGCGGCCGCCAGGCGACACGCGCCAGAUCUGAGAGAAGAUGAACCAGCUCGUCGCACCACCAGACCUGCCGAAUGUCAAUUUGGCAAGCAAGCGAAAGAGCUUGGUUCAACGUGGUUUGCAGAUCUAGGCCCUCCGUUUGGUGUAAUGUACUGCAUCAAAUGUGAGUGUAUACCGGUACAAAAGAAGCGUCGGGUGGUGGCGAAAGUACACUGCAGAAAUAUAAAGAAUGAAUGUCCUGAACCUUCGUGUGACACCCCUGUCUUGUUGCCAGGGAGGUGCUGCAAGACGUGCCCGGGGGAUACGAACUCUCCCGAUAUAGUACAAGAAGAUAGUCCGACUGUGGUUAUGGCGCAAGAAGAAGAGGAAGUUAGUAUGAAACAUUUCGGUGCACUCCUAACUGGUCGUUCACCUCUCUGCAUCAGACGUGAUGAUAUGACAGGAGUACCAGUAGCCGCUGGAGUCGCGACAGCUCGUUUCACAUUCCGUCGACGCCAUCUUUAUUGGUCUGUUCUACUGGGACCGUCGAUGGUCAGUCGACCUAGAGCUUUAGCAUUUCUCGACAGAGGUGGUCGAAUGCUUUUAGAGCACCCACUAAAAAAGGCCCAAGGUAUACACGCAACGUACGAGGAGAAGACUGAUAAGCUCUGUGGUGUUUGGCGCAGAGUGCCAAGAGAAUAUAAGAGAUUCUUACGCGAAGGGUCCCUCUAUGUGGCGUUGAUUUGGGGUGAUGAGCGAAAUAAUUCUAUGGACACAGCCCUUAGUGGUCGGAUCAGCAGAUAUCCUGCCCUGUCCUCGGAGAUGUUUACAUCGCUGCUAGAACCAGAACACGCGCCAUUAUCUAUUGGAAACGGGGCGUGUGACGAUUACCGCGUACCAGGACAGGAAGAAGGUUGGUGGGGGGGAACUGCUGUGGUCACAGGCGCUGCUGGAGCUGCUCCUAGCCUACAUCUAGCUAUAGUCUUCAAUGGUGUUUUCAAGCUAGGCUCUAGGGAACAGGCUAUCAAAGUGACACUUACACUACCGGAGAAGAAUCAGACUAUAAUUGAUGAAAUGCAAAAAAUGAGCAAGCCGAGUUAUGAAUUUAAUAUCAUUGAGGUGUCUACACCAGUCUCAGCUGCAGAACUUAGAUCAUUAGCUAGAGGGAGGUUGGUACUAUCUGUGGAAGCUAUGGGCACCCCAGAACGACGAUUAUCUGGAGUUGUGAGACAAAGGGCAGCUUGUGAAGUGUUCCAUGCUCCUUUGAUGGCGGAGAGAUUAGCAGCCACUACAAUACCUGAAGGAUUAGCUCUUAUAUACAUUGAUAAAGAAGGCUCUUUGGUUUACGAUAUACAGGUGGACAACCUAAGCAUACCAGAUCCAAAGAUAACACUAGUUGAUGAACAAGGCAAGCGCCAUUCACAAGUGGAGAUAUUGGAUACACGUAUGGGAGUAUUGGCCAGACCCAGUGCAAGAAUAUUUCCUCCCCUUUAUGAAGAUCAGCUCGCUGUUCAUAUAGGGUCUGAUACGGGUCCACCUCUGCUCCGUGGGCGUCUGCUGUCUCGUUCUCUGCCCGAUGCAGCUGGAGCAGGUCCGGCUUUACUGAAGCGUACGGACGUCCGUCUCCCAUUAACAACUCCAAUUGCUGGGCUCGCCUGGGUCUCAGUUGAUGCUCUAUGCGGAAUUAAUUAUGAGGUGUUCAUAAACGGCUAUAACGGUGGUUGGUCAUCGUGGUUGGAGAGUCACGCCUUAGGUUCUACAGGACCCCGAGCUCUAACUGGUUCUGAAGGAUCAGUUCUGGAACCCAGUCCGGCUGAAUUGGCUGCGUUACACGCAGGGGCCGCUUACUUGAACGUGCGCGCUUCGGACAACGGCACUGAGUUCCUUCGCACAAGGUUACCCCAGAUAAGUGUGCCACCAUCGUGUUUACCAGCUGUACCAUACGCUGUAGACAAUGAGCUCAGUGCCAACUACCCUCCGACACAUGUCAAUGUGCCACCGGACAAUUCACUCUCCAACACAGCCUCAUGCUUCUACGCUGGUCGCUCUUACGAAGAUGGUGCCCAAUGGAUGGCUACUGAGUCUUGUCACAUGUGUGGAUGUGUCCACGGCGCUCUCCGCUGUGACCCUGUACGUUGUCCACCCGUUGAGUGUGCCUCUCCCACAAUACAACCGCCAGGCCAGUGCUGUCCGAUUUGUACUA